AUAUUCUCCCCUCCUCUCUCCCCUGGCCCCCCUUCUCUCUCCUGCUCCCUUGCGCUCGCUCCCUCUCAGCUCUCUCUCACCCGCUUUCUCUUUUUCUCUCUUUUUCAUUCUCUCACUCCCUUCAUAUCAGAAUCGCGCAGAGCGGUGUCCGUGUGGGGAUGCGAGAAACCAAUGGAACGAGGACCCGACAGAAGAUGCAAAUGAUCAUGAAAACACACCGCAAAAUAUGAAACUACUCAUUUGCAGCCGAGUAAAUCAUAGAAAACUGAUUGGGAACUGGCACCAUUCGCCGGAAUUGUGAUGCUGGAACUUUACAGUGGGAACAUGCCAAUGGAAGCUUUAGAUAAGUUGUUUUAACAAAAGGUAUACACACGCAAGCCGCUCAGUAAUUGGAAAUCAACGCUUUGCUGCAACAUUGUUACCUCAGUAACUGUGAGCUACUGCGCUUAUAUAAAGACAUUCAAUCGUAAUCUCUUGAACAAAAUCAGUACCACCACCAACAACAUUAAAAGAUGAGCUCAUAUUUCGUCAACUCUCUCUUCACUAAGUACAAAAGUGGAGACACUUUACGACCGAACUAUUAUGAGUGCGGAUUUGCUCAGGACCUAGGGACGAGACCCACCGUCGUGUAUGGUCCAGGCACCGGGGCCACUUUCCAGCAUGCUCCUCAAAUUCAGGAGUUUUACCACCACGGCGCAUCCACGCUCUCCGCAGCGCCUUACCAGCAGAGUCCAUGUGCGGUAACCUGUCACGGCGAGCCGGGUAACUUCUACGGUUAUGAUGCUCUCCAGAGGCAAACACUUUUCGGUGCUCAAGACGCCGACUUGGUUCAGUAUAGCGACUGCAAGCUCGCCGCGGGGGGCAUCGGCGACGAGACGGACAACACAGAACAGAGUCCGUCGCCCACACAACUGUUCCCGUGGAUGCGACCUCAAGUAGCUGCCGGACGGAGGCGAGGCCGUCAGACCUACAGCCGCUAUCAGACGCUCGAAUUGGAGAAGGAGUUUCUCUUCAAUCCCUACCUAACACGCAAGCGACGGAUUGAAGUGUCACAUGCUUUAGGACUGACAGAACGACAAGUCAAAAUCUGGUUUCAAAACCGUCGCAUGAAAUGGAAAAAGGAAAACAACAAGGACAAGUUUCCAAGCAGCAAGUCUGAACAAGAGCAGAUCGAAAAAGAGAAACGGGAGAAAGAACAGGCAUCCGGUACACAGUCAGCCGGCGAAGACUGCGACAAGGCAAAACAAAUGUAGAGCGGAUGCGAGCGCGUGUGUGUGUAGUGUGUGAGAGUGAGGCAGAGAUCGUUUCUAUCUGUCUCUCUCUCUCUCUCUCUAUCUGUGUGUGUGUGUGUGCGCGCGUGUGUGUGUGUGUGUGUGCGUGCGUGUGUGUGUGUGUGUGUGUGUACGUGUUUCAGUCAAUCAAAAUUGCAAGGAAUAUAUAGCGAAAAUCAAACAGACUAUGAUGAAGAGAAUAACGGUGCUUGCAUGACAGGCUUGUCUCAUAGAGACAUUGUAAUCAAGUCGGGUGGUUACAUCUUUCACUCGAGGAAGGAACAGAAAAAAUACUGGGACUAGACGAAUGAAUAAUUUUAAUGUGAUGCCCACAGAACAUCAGGAAGACGAAGGACAAGGAGCAUUUCUACUUUUUACCUGUUGUUCAGAGAGUAUGAUAGUGUUAAAGCUAGUCUCCUUUCUUUGUGGAAUAAUUAUCGUGAAACUUAUGUUUCUAUUGUUAGGAUAUUGUCAUUAACAAUUACCUUGGCAGCUGUAUAGUUUUUAAGUUAAAUGGUGCACUUUUAACUGUUCUCACUUAUAUGUUAUGAUGACGUAGAAAUUACUGACUUCCAACAACAUGAAACUGCCUAUUUAUGCCGUAGAAUCUCUUUUUACACGUCUUUGGUUCUUCUUAAAUCGAUGGUAUUUUUGUUGUCUUCCUUUCUUGGGGUAAGCAUGCGCACAGUGGAUUAUAAAAAUGAAUAAUUAUAAUAAAAAAUAAUAAAAAAAUGUUAUGGUGAUCCAUUGUUUACUACGCAUCAAGUUGUUGUCGUUUACGUUUACUGGUGAAGUAAUUUUUCAGAUGACUAUGUGUUGUGUUGUCAUUCCUAACUGUAUUUUAGUGUCUAAAACUGAAGACACCAUAAGAAGGUGGACACAAUAAAGUUUACAAGCGAGACUCCGUGA